UAUGACGUCACACCUGACAACAAAGUAACAACAUGGCGGCGAUGGUCAGGUUGCUGGAACAAACUGACCCCACCGUCGAGGAAGUUUAUCGCCGGAAAAAUGAAGCAGAAGAAGCCAGACAACGUGAAUACUUGUCAUCCGUUAAAAUACAGGCAUGGUACCGCGGAGAAAGAUCAAGGGCAUAUAUCAAACACCUAAACAAAUGUGCUACAAUCAUCCAGAAGAUUUGGAGAGGCUUUAUAGGGCGAGGCCUUACAAGAAUUCUCAUCAAGAAUAGUGUAUUGAUUAUGAAAAUAAACUACUACAACAAGAAAGCAACUUAUAUACAAAAAAUGUGGAGAGGAUACUAUGUUAGAAAAUAUGUAUUUAACUACUACAGUCGAAAACGCUACUUAGAGGCACUACAGAUCAAAAAUGAAAUUGUCAGGAGUGAACUUGAAGAGUAUUCAGAGAUGCAGGAACAAGAACGUAGACGAAAGGCCGAGAAAGAACAGAAAGAAAGAAGGGAACAACUGGCUAGGAAGAACCAUUACUUGAUCAGUACAGAAGUCAUUCCUGGAGUAUUCAACUCCCCGUUCUUACCGUAUCCUACAGACACUGAGUAUCUACUGAGGUCUGUGAGGCCACUCAUGCAUGAAAAGAAAAAGAAAACAGACAAGCCAUUCGAUCCAACAUGUAAGAGUUAUGAUUUGCCACGCCCCAGAGUGUUACCACCAUUAUCAAGCAAACCUCAGGGCCCAUUCCGUGACCCAUCAGAUGUACAACAGCAGCGAUACAAACCAUUCCAGCCUUCACUACGAGUGGCCACCUCCUUCACCUCACUCGAGGAGGCACGACAGAAGAUGAAAGACCAAGAGUGGGUCACCAGACUCAAUGACAACGUUUUUGAGCCAUUCAGUCGACGAGAAGUUAAGUAUGAUCCCUUACUUCACACCAGAUCUAGAUAUGGUCAUCUUCCUUACGGCUUCAGAUACUUCAGAGAGGAGUUUCAAGAUAAACACAUCAGUUCUCAGUCUUUCAAGACAUUGGUACCACCGAUCCCAAUAUUUGACAAGCUAAAUGACACCUAUUCCCAAGGUCAAGUGUUCUAAUGACCCAGACUGCCAACUAACAAAAGGCAAUACAUAUAUAACUAAAAUUAUACUUCCAUCCAUUUCAAGAGAAGAACUUAUUUCAGGAGAACUUUAAAAUGACUUGGAAAGUACCGGUACAUAUAUUUUAAGUUCUGUAUUUAUAGGAAAUAAAUUUUAUUUCUGUAUCAUAAUUGUGAAAAAUAUAUCGCAUUUACUUGAUGUUGUGAAUUUUUUGUUUUAUUU